GCGUCUGGACGCUCAAUCCGCUGCCGGAAGCCGCUCUUCGGGCGACGGGCAGGUGGGGCAGUGCACAGGUGUAGCCAACAUGAGUGAGCCUGGGGGGUCAGUGCGAAUCCUAGUGACAGGUGGCUCUGGGCUGGUGGGCAGAGCCAUCCAAGAGGUGGUAGCAGAUGGAGCUGGGCUGCCUGGAGAGGACUGGGUGUUCGUCUCCUCCAAAGAUGCUGACCUCACGGAUGCUGCACAGACCCGAGCCCUGUUUGAAAAGGUCCGGCCCACACAUGUCAUCCACCUUGCUGCAAUGGUGGGGGGCCUGUUCCGGAAUAUCAAAUACAAUUUGGACUUCUGGAUCCACAAUGGGCCGCCGCACAACAGCAAUUUUGGCUACUCCUACGCCAAGAGGAUGAUCGACGUGCAGAACAGGGCCUACUUCCAGCAGCACGGCUGCACUUUUACCGCCGUCAUCCCAACCAACGUCUUCGGGCCCCACGACAACUUCAACAUCGAGGACGGCCACGUGCUGCCCGGCCUCAUCCACAAGGUGCACCUGGCUAAGAGCAGCGGCUCAGCCCUGACGGUGUGGGGCACUGGCAAGCCACGGAGGCAGUUCAUCUACUCAUUGGACCUGGCUCGGCUCUUCAUCUGGGUCCUGCGGGAGUACGAUGAGGUGGAACCCAUCAUCCUGUCAGUGGGCGAGGAGGAUGAGGUCUCUAUCCAGGAGGCAGCCGAAGCCGUGGUGGAGGCCAUGGACUUCCGCGGGGAGGUCACUUUUGAUACAAGCAAGUCAGAUGGGCAGUUCAAGAAGACGGCCAGUAACGGCAAGCUUCGGACCUACUUGCCCGACUUCCGGUUCACACCCUUCAAGCAGGCUGUGAAGGAGACCUGUGCCUGGUUCACCCACAACUACGAACAGGCCCGGAAGUGAAGCACGGUGUGGGAGCAGGUGCCGGCUGCCCCCGAAGCCCCAGAGAUGACACCCUCAGACCGUGCCGGGAGCCAAGGGCACUGCCAGCACCGGGGGCCCACAUUCUCACCCCUCUGCCAGGGCGGCUCUGAGCAGCUGUGCAGUGAGGCCACCAUUCGUGUCUGUCCUCAGGGAAACCAAGGCCUGGCCAGGCCCGGCACCUUGCUCCCCAAUGCCGGUCUCUGGGUCCUAAGCGUGUC